GCACAGGAGGCUUGACGUCACUGAGGCGCCCUGGCUCUCCUGAGCCGCUGGUACUGCUGGCGAAAAAGAUGGGAAAAACCGUGUGGACAUCUAUCGAGUAAUUAACAUAAAAUGACGGUUUUUGCAGCCGAUUUCCAUCUGACAGAGGAUUCAGUUAUGGCACCGAUUUGAGCUCCACCGGACAACGAGAAAGGUUGGCGUCAUAAUAAUCUGUAACUGUGGGUAGCUCCUGUUGGAAGAGGAAAGUGGGGCGUAUCAGACCUAUUGUAUCAUAGGUUUGUGUCUCCUGUUGAAUCAUCAUCAUCAUCAUCACCACCACAUAUUCUCACAAUUGUUGAAAGUCACAACCACAAAAUCAGCAAGAAUAUAUACAGAUAUUUGAGGUUGAAACUUGAGUUUUGCUGUCAGCUUCGUUCUACUAUUUAGCAGAAGAUGUACGGUAGUGCCCGCUCUGUUGGCAGAGGGGAUGCCAACCAUAGUGGAGGAAGAGAUGGAGGUACUACUGGCAAUCAGGGAUCUGGCCGUUCCCCUCGCCUUCCCCGUUCUCCUCGGAUGGGACACCGUCGCACUAACAGCACUGGAGGCAGUGGAGGGGGUCCUGGAGGAGCAGGAGGCAAGACGCUUUCCAUGGAGAACAUCCAGUCCCUCAACGCUGCGUAUGCCACCUCAGGACCAAUGUACCUGAGUGACAAUGAGGUUGCCAUGACAGGUGACCACAUCCCCAAAAGUGGUGGGACAGUGACGACCAUGGGGAGACAGAGGGUGACAUAUGGUUCAAGGGGCAGCAGCAGUGGCGUUGUUGCUGCCAGCACCCCCAACAUCUCCACCACAGUGCCCGCAAAUGCUGUGCUGCCAGCAGGCAUGAUGGCAGGUGAUGCUCUAGCAUUUGGGGACCACCACAUGGCCUCCACUGUUCCCCAUUCUCUAAGGCAGGCCAGAGACAACACCAUACUGGAUCUGCAGGCCCAGCUGAAAGAGGUUCUGCGUGAGAAUGAAAUGCUGCGGCGAGAAGUGGAAGUUAAGGAGAGCAAGCUCAGUUCCUCCAUGAAUUCUAUCAAGACCUUCUGGAGCCCAGAAUUAAAAAAGGAGCGAGCUCUCAGGAAAGAUGAGGUUUCUAAGAUCACAGUCUGGAAGGAGCAAUACCGUGUGAUUCAAGAUGAAGCACAGCAUCUGCAGAUGACUGUUCAGGCUCUUCAGGAUGAGCUGAGGAUUCAGAGGGACCUGAACCAGCUGCUCCAGCAAGACCCCGCCAGCCAAGGGCGAGACUUGGCCCUGACGUCUGAACCUACGGAGGAGAACUACCGGCGGCUACAGGCUGAGCAUGAGAGGCAGGCCAAAGAGCUCUUCCUCCUUAGAAAGACCCUGGAGGAGAUGGAGCUGAGGAUUGACACACAGAAGCAAACUCUAGGGGCCAGGGACGAGUCCAUCAAGAAACUUCUGGAGAUGCUGCAAAGCAAAGGGCCGUCUGCCAAGGCAUCAGAGGAGGACCAGGAGCGGACCAGAAGACUGGCUGAUGCAGAGAUGCACCGGCAUCACCUUGAGAGUUUACUGGACCAGAGAGACAGAGAGAUUACUGCGCUAAGAGAGGAACUGCACCGCCGCUACGAGGGGACCCCUGAGUCCACCAAAACAAAGGCUCUACAGACUGUUAUCGACAUGAAGGAUGCAAAAAUCAAUUCAAUGGACCGGAGCCUGAGAGACAUGGAGGAGGAGCUGCUGAUGCUGAAAUCCAAUGGACUUCUUAGCUGCGAGGAGCGUCAGGAGGAGAUGAAGCAGAUGGAGGUCUACCGCAGCCACACCAAGUUCAUGAAGAACAAGAUGGAGCAGGUGAAGCAAGACCUCUCCAGGAAGGACACUGAGCUGCUUGGUUUGCAGACCAAACUGGAAACGCUCACUAAUCAGUUCUCAGACAGCAAGCAGCACAUUGAAGUCCUCAAGGAGUCCCUCACUGCUAAGGAGCAGCGAGCUGCCAUCUUACAGACAGAGGUGGAUGCAUUGCGCCUGCGCUUGGAAGAGAAGGAGGCAACUCUGAAUAAGAAGAGCAAGCAGAUACAAGAAAUGUCAGAAGAGAAGGGCACACUCAACGGGGAGAUCCACGACCUCAAGGACAUGCUGGAGGUUAAGGAGCGCAAAGUUAAUGUGCUGCAGAAGAAGAUUGAGAACCUGCAGGAGCAGCUGAGGGACAAGGAGAAGCAGAUGAGCAGCCUGAAGGAGAGAGUAAAGUCUUUGCAGGCAGACACUUCCAACACUGACACUGCUCUCACCACACUGGAGGAGUCUCUUGCAGAAAAGGAGCGCAUCAUUGAGCGUCUAAAGGAGCAGCGAGAUCGAGACGACAGGGAGAAGACAGAGGAGCUCGAGUGUAACAAGAAGGAACUGAAAGAGUUGAAAGAGAGACUGAGCUUACUGCAGGGAGACCUGUCAGACAGAGAGACCUCCCUGCUGGACCUGAAGGAGCAUGCAUCAUCCCUGGCCUCCUCAGGGCUGAAAAAAGACUCCAAACUCAAGAGUCUGGAGAUCGCCCUGGAGCAGAAGAGAGAGGAGUGCCUCAAAGUGGAGAACCAGCUUAAGAGAGCUCAAAAUGCAGCCCUGGAGGCUCAGGCCAACACUGAGCUGGCCGAGCGCAUUAAGAACCUUGAGCAGGAAGUGGCUCGCCACAAAGAGGAUUCUGGGAAGGCCCAGGCUGAGGUGGACCGCCUGCUGGAGAUCCUUCGGGAAAUGGAGAAUGAGAAGAAUGACAAGGACAAAAAGAUCAGUGAGCUGGAGAGUUUCGCCUCCAGGCAGAUGAAGGACCAGUCGAAGAAGGUAGCGUCUCUGAAGCACAAAGAGCAGGUGGAGAAGAGCAGGAAUGCUCGACUCAUGGAGGAGGCCAGGAAGAGGGAGGACAACAUGUCCGAGAACUCCCAGCAGGUGAAGGUGAGGCAGGACUCCCUGCGUCAAAAGUCGGAGCGCAUAGAGGAGCUGGAGGAGGCCCUGAGAGAGAGCGUUCAGAUUACUGCUGAGCGAGAGAUGGUAUUGGCGCAGGAGGAGGCUGCCAGGUCACUCCAGGAGAAACAGAUGGAGGAGCUGCUUGGGGCCAUGGAGAAGGUGAAGCAGGAGCUGGAGUCCAUGAGGGCCAAGCUGGCCUCCACCCAGCAGUCUCUGGGUGAGAAAGAGGCACACCUCUCAACCCUGCGAGCUGAGCGCAGGAAACACCUGGAGGAGGUGCUGGAGAUGAAGCAGGAGGCGCUGUUGGCUGCUAUCAGUGAGAAGGACGCUAACAUUGCCCUACUGGAGUUGUCCUCCUCUAAGAAGAAGAAGACCCAGGAUGAGGUGGCUCUGCUGAAGCGUGAGAAGGACAGAUUGGUGCAACAGCUCAAACAGCAGACUCAGAACAGAAUGAAACUGAUGGCAGACAAUUACGAGGAUGACCAUCUGAGGACUGCCCCUGACCAAACAAAUCACAAACCCUCUCCAGAUCAGCAGAUGAUACCCCCUCUUCUAGCCCUGUCCCAGAACCGCAGUAAGCUCAAGCUCUACAUCGCCCACCUGACAGACCUCUGCCAUGACCGGGACCCCAGCAUCCUCAGCCAGCUCACGCCGCCCUCUCACUAUCACAAUGUUGACCCCGAAGACUGGGAGGAGGAACUCCAGAAGAUGACUGUCGAACAGUUGGAGCGUGAGCUGGAGGUGUGUGAGAAGGAGAGCGGAGAGUUGCAGGAGUACGCCAACUCUGUUCUGCAGCAGAUUGCAGACUACUGCCCCGAUAUCCUGGAGCAGGUUGUCAAUGCCCUGGAGGAGUCGUGCUGACAACUCUGACCUCAGACACAACCCGGCUGGCCCCUGGUCUUCACAUAACCUGUAGCCGAGUCCAGGCGCCCCUACCUCCACUCUACGCGGCUCACAAAGGAUGAGACGCAGCUGGGGCAUCAUCUCACCCCAUUGAGCUUCUCUUCUUCGCUCCCUUCGUCCACCCUGGAACAAACGUACAGGACUGUUAAGUGCUUUCCUGUCUCGUGUCUCUCUAAUGUCAGGCCUGCAAAAUAGAAUUAGGGAUGUUCACAAAGUCUAUCGAAGUGUUAUCAAAAAUGGCACUUGUGGCUCACUACAAACUGAGGUAAUCACAUAGCAGGCAGGCAGCAGCGUGCUGGAGGUUUUGUGAAAAGUUAAAAGCUCCACAUUUAGCAUUUGUGAACUUACAGUAUUUGAUUUUCACUUGUAGUACACACUAUCAUUGCACACCUGUAAGUCUGGGACAGGUGCUCUGGGAGAGAAAGGAUAUCAGGUGAAAGAAACAAACUUGCGCACAAAGUCUUUGAGUUUACUGCCAACCUUCCUCCCUAGACGACUUCAUUCACAGCAGGAACUGCUAGAUUAAGCACAGUUACCUCACCCACGCCUGUCUCAGUCUUUUUCCUCUCGCAAAUCAUUCAAGUUAAAAUGGGUAAAAUUAUUCUUGAUAUGGGGCAGGAAAGCACUUAUUUUCUUAAAGAACUGGGGAGCUGCUACAUCUAGAGGGGAGCAGGGAGGAGCGGAGUUCAGUGGGUAAAUCAUGGAGCCAUGUAGAUGCUUGUUUUGUAUUUUUACUCAUUGUUCCCUAGUUCAACAGAAAUACAGCAACCUGUGGCCGGUCAUCUGAACACCUGGGAAAGGCUACUUUUUAACCAAAUAAAUGCAGCAUGUUCUCCAAAUGUUUCCUCCCAGCUUGCAGCUGUGGAUCUGUCGUUGUAGCCGGGAUUAAGUUGUUGGUACGUUUUUACUGUGUAAUCUGUGGCUGGGUCACUGGCACGAGAGGGGGAUCAAGGACCGACCUUUGACACGGAUCAAAGGUCAGCUUUUAGUUAUACUACGUUCUCAAAUACCAGUGUGUGAGAGAGAGAGGAAACAAAAAAAGUUUUUAUCCUUGGUGACGUAUUCAUUUUUAGAUGGUUUUGCACACAACGUCCACUUGUUUAUGAGGUAUGCAAUGUUUCUUUUGAGAACGUUCUAGUGGCCUUGGAGCAUGCACAGAGAUCAGUACUGGACCUAAUGCAGGGAUAUUUAUUCCUCUGCGAUACUGGUGCUAAGGCAUGAUGUAAGAACUUUGAUCUGAUCCACUGAUCAUUCAGUCUCAUCCAAAGUUUCUGUAGAUGUUACGUAAAGCCCACCUGAUCCUUUAGUUUGUGGACUGAAUCACAGAUGAAUUACAAGCAACGCCCCCUUUUUUCUUGUAUUUUUCUGAUCACUUACAAAUGCAAGUGAUGCCUCCUUUUUAUUGUAUUUUUUCAAAUCUUCAGGGCUGAGGUUUUUAAUUACUAAGUGCAUCUACAUUUACAGGAAAUUAAAGUCACUUUUCAGCAGAUUUUUGACUUUAUAGAUCAGUUUGUAAAUAACGUGAUAUUUAACACGUACAGUGACUGAAUAAAGGUAAUUAAGUGGAAGGUGUUGUGCGUUCUUUAAAAAAAAAAAUCUGAAAAGUUAAAAGCAGUGCAGUUGUCUUGUGUCUAAUUUUGUCUUCAGGACAAAGUGUGUGUGUGUGUGUGUGUGUGUGUGUGACUACUGCCAUAACUUGCGGAAAGUCAUGUUCUAUAGAGAUAUAUAUAUAUAUAUAAAAUGUUUACUGUAUGGAUAUGCAUUGAAUGUUUGCACAGAAUCUUGAAGAGCAAUCUGCUCUGAACAAAAUGACCGUCAAGUUAGUGUCCUCAGCAGAAACUGAGGAAAAGAAGUGUCAAAAAAAACCUUUUGUGUCAAAAUAAUGUGUGAACUACAAAUGUUUUCAAACCGUGACUGUGUGAUGGGAGAGUACUUUUCUGGCAUUUAUUUCUAAUCGUCUUUUUUUUUCUUCAUAUUUUCACCAUACGGUAGUGUAAAUGUAUUAUGCUGAGAUUCCAGUGUUGUUUUUUUCUUCUCAACUUGUUCUGUCAAUGGUUUUUGUUGGUUGACGUCACAGGCAGAACUGCACCUGAUAGAUUAAAAAUAGGUCUCCAGCCAUCAUGGCUCAUCAUUGUUUUUGUACUUCUUGUCUGUCAAGCCUCUUGCAGUGGAGAUUAGUUUCCCUCCAUCCCCCUUUAACCUCUCACCUUCCACCACUCAGUUCAGAGAAAGCAGCAUUUUUAGUUCAGUGUUUUAAUCCCCAUACAUUGGCCUGUGUGUCAGCCAUUGCUGUAAUGUCUCGUCAUCUCCUUUUCUCAACUCUUUAUUGAGGGAACACAGAGCUGAUUAAGGGGUUUCUGUCAAAUUCACGGUAUUUGUCCUUAUUUUUCUUUUGCAUUUGUAUAAGAAAUGUACUGCCUUCUGUCUGUUUGUGUUAAGAAUCAAACUGUGUAAAAAGAAAGCAAAACAGACAUGUUUGUGAGUUAUUUGGAUUUUGUAUGUAUGUAAAUAAAUAAAUUAUAAGCCUUC